UUGCUAUGCAGUAGAUACAGAGCCUACGGUGAGCACUGAGGUUGCUGGUGCUGUCUGCCCCAGACCCUCGCUCCACCUCGCCUCUGCACACCGCUACUGGGCGCUCUGCCCCCUGAGGAAGCCUGAGGCCACUGACCCACUCCUGGAGCCAUGGUCCAUGGGUACAAAGGAGUCAAGUUCCAGAACUGGGCUAGGACCUAUGGCUGUUGCCCAGAGAUGUACUAUCAGCCCACGUCCGUGGAGGAGGUCAGAGAGGUGCUGGCCCUCGCCAGGCAGCAGAACAAGCGGGUGAAGGUUGUGGGCGGUGGCCACUCGCCGUCAGACAUCGCCUGCACUGAUGGCUUCAUGAUCCACAUGGGCAAGAUGAACCGGCUUCUCCAGGUGGACACAGAGAAGAAGCAGGUGACUGUGGAGGCUGGCAUCCUCCUGGCUGACCUGCACCCACAGCUGGGCAAGCAUGGCCUGGCCUUGUCCAACCUGGGAGCUGUGUCAGAUGUGACCGCAGGGGGCGUCAUUGGGUCUGGAACGCACAACACUGGGAUCAAACACGGCAUCCUGGCCACCCAGGUGGUAGCGCUGACCCUGCUGACGGCCGACGGGACCAUUCUGGAGUGCUCCGAGUCCAGCAACGCAGAGGUGUUCCAGGCGGCGCGGGUGCACCUGGGCUGCCUGGGAGUGAUCCUCACCGUCACCCUGCAGUGUGUGCCCCAGUUCCACUUGCAGGAGGUCUCCUUCCCCUCCACCCUGGAAGAGGUUCUUAACAACUUGGACAGCCACCUCAAGAAAUCCGAAUACUUUCGCUUCCUCUGGUUCCCGCACAGCGAGAAUGUCAGCGUCAUCUACCAGGACCACACCAACAAGCCCCCCUCCUCCUGCGCCAACUGGUUUUGGGACUACGCCAUUGGAUUCUAUUUAUUGGAGUUCCUGCUCUGGGUCAGCACCUUCCUGCCAGGCCUCGUGGGCUGGAUCAAUCGCUUCUUCUUCUGGCUCCUGUUCACCAGGAAGAAGGAGAGCAGUAACAUCAGCCACAAGAUCUUCACCUACGAGUGCCGCUUCAAGCAGCACGUCCAGGACUGGGCCAUCCCCAGAGAGAAGACCAAGGAGGCCCUGCUGGAACUCAAGGCCAUGCUGGAGGCACACCCCAAGAUGGUGGCCCACUACCCUGUGGAGGUCCGCUUCACCCGAGGGGAUGACAUCCUGCUGAGUCCCUGCUUCCAGAGGGACAGCUGCUACAUGAACAUCAUCAUGUACAGGCCCUACGGCAAGGACGUGCCCCGGCUGGAUUACUGGCUGACCUAUGAGACCAUCAUGAAGAAGGUCGGGGGCAGGCCUCACUGGGCCAAGGCCCACAACUGCACCCGGAAGGACUUUGAGAAGAUGUACCCAGCCUUUUCGAAGUUCUGUGCCAUCCGAGAAAAGCUGGACCCCACCGGGAUGUUCCUGAAUGCAUAUCUGGAGAAGGUGUUCUACUGAAACAGAAAGAAAAUGAAUAGAGCCCACCCCAUCUCAUCCCUCCAGCGAAAAUGAAGGCUCAACAUCCCACAGGCCUGGAGGGGAGUGGGCCUCUCUCUGCAGGCCCUCGGCUGCUGCCCCCACAGCUGCUCCAGUCCCCAGCGAUGAGCCUGGGUCUUUGCAGGGCUCCCUGUUCUACUUCCUGUGUCCUCACAAUACCCACCCCCGCCCCCCACCCCACCCCCCACAAAGAAGAGCUCCCAAGUCUCCGUGGACAUCAUUUACAUGCAGCAGUCCAUUUUCCUGAACCUAAAAUCACCACGUUGUUUUCCCAGGAAAUAGAGAAAUCCCAAAAUGUUCUGUUUAAGAGGUCAGGGAUUCGGUCAUUCACAGGUUCCACCUGCCAGCUAGGGGUCCGUAACUCCCAGGCCUCCAGGAACACGUGUUUGGGCACAGUUGUCACGGGUCUGUGCUCUGCCUCCUUACACCCUGAGGGGUUCUCAAAUGCCCAGGUCAGCACCAAUUUGCCCCAAGGCUGCCCUCUCCCAGUUUCUGUCUAUCCACCUGACCUCCCAUAGGCUGACAUUCAAGCGUGUCUGUUGCAGGGGAUGUGUGGGAAGUGGGUCUGCUGCUCCUUUCAAAUAAAGACCAAGAAUUGUUCA